UUCAAACAUUCAAAUGAUGGAAAACCACAAAGUCUCUCGCUUCUUCCCUUCUUCCUUCACUUCAUGCCGCCUCAGAACCCUCACCGACGUAGUCCAAAGCUCCAUCUCCGCCGCCCGAAACCGCCACGAAAACCAAUUUCCCAAGAUUAACCUCGCCGGCGACGGCGACGCCGACCACCGGGUGGGCACCAGAGAUUUGGGUUAUCACGACAAGAAAACAACCUUGGUCUUAGGUUAUUUUUCUCCUAGUAUUGACGGGCGGCGCUGCCCUCCUGCCACGCCAAUCUCCGCCGCCGCUCCUGCGGCGGCGCAACCGCCGGCGGCUUCCACCUCCACCACCUCUUCGCUUUUCAGCGAAGAGGAUCGGCGGUUUGAUUAUUACAGUGACUCCUCGAGUUGUCGCCGGAAAACCAGCAAGCCUCGCCGGAAGACGACGGCGGCGGCCAGGAGGAGAGGAUGGACGGGUGGCUGGUCUGCUAUAGAGAAGAGUACAAGUGAUCCUUAUGGAGAGUUCAGGAAAUCUAUGAUGGAGAUGAUUGUAGAGAAACAAAUCUUCAGAGCUGAGGAUCUCAAUUCCCUAUUGCAUUGUUUUCUUUCUUUGAAUUCACCUUUUUUCCAUCAAGUCAUUGUUGAGGUUUAUUUAGAGAUUAUUCAAACUUUAUUUACUAAUUAACCAAAUUGUAU